GCUCUUUUCUGGGGCAGGGUGAGGCAGGACCGAUUGGCCUCCAGCGGGGUGGGGGGGGCCUCUGGACCUAGUCCAUCCUGUCACAGGCAGGCAGUAAACACAGUCUAGGCUCUGACUCCCUGGGCAGGGCAGAACAAUAAGGAAUCGUUAGCGUAGCCUCCUGGCUAAGGCAGACAGCAAACACAGUCUAGCGGCUUGCAGCCUUCUGGCUGGAACAAGUCACAAACAAGGCACAGGCCUUCUGGCCUAGGAUGAGAAGGCUUCAGCAGAGGGUUGGGGGGACCCAGGCUAUCCCUACUCUACUAGGUUCUAACCCAGAUCCCUAAAAGUGCCAGGGGAUCCCGCCACUGGGUCAGUGGGAAUCCUGCUGAAACAUGCUGAAUCAUAUGGUGACAGUACAACCUGACUGAUGUCUGGCUCCCCUGGGCUACUUUCUAUCACAGUCCAUUGGUGUGACUCCGUAGUCUGCAGGUCCUCAGCUUGCUCAGGGUAAGUGGUGGACAGCAGUCCCAACAGCUCUUCCCCACUCUUGGUCUCCUCUGGGGGCAGCUCAGAGUCUGGUCCAGAGUCCUGAGUCUGGUCCAGAGUCCUGCAGCAGGCUAGAGAUGUCUGCCUCCUAGCCUGGCUCUGACCCAACUAAGCGCCUGUGCUUGCCUUGUUCCCAGCCUUUCUCCAGCCCUGCUCAGUUCCUGCCUCCGAUUCUGAUCCUUGGCUCUGACCCCUGGUUGCUGACUCCAGCUCUGUCCCUUGGCACUGUUCCCAGAUGCUGACCCCAGUUCUGACCACCAGGCUUGACUGCCACUGCUCUGACCAUCCAUGCCCUGGUCCAUGACAGUAUCUCAAGAGGAUGUUAAACACAGCUACUAAAGUUAGACAUGUUUAAAUCAGCAGGUCCAGGUAAAUUGAAUCUAAGAGUUUUAGAAGAGCUGGCUGAGGAGCACACUGGACUGUUAAUGUUGAUUUUCAAUACAUCUUGGAACAAUGGGGACUCCAGAAAACUGGACGAAAGCUAAUGGCGUGCCAAUAUUUAAAAGGGGUAAACAAGAUGACUGGGGUAAUUAUAGGCCACUCAGUCUGACAUAGAUUCCAGGAAAGAUAAUGGAGCAGCUGUUAGGGGACUCAAUUAAUGGAGAAUUAAAAGGAGGGUAACAUAAUUUAAUGCAAGUCAGCAUGAGUUUAUGGAAAACAGAUCCUGUCAGACUAAUUUGAUUUUUUUUUUAUGAGGUUACAAAUUUGGCUGAUAAACCUAAUAGUAUUGGUGUAAUAUAGUUAGAUUUCUGUAAGGCAUUUGACUUGGUACCACACAACAUUUUGAUUAAAAAACUAGGAUGCCAUAAAAUGAACAUGGUACACAUUACACAGAUUAAAAGCUGGCUAACUGAUAGGUCUCAAAAUGUAAUUGUAAAUGGGGAAUAAUCAUUGAGCGUAUGUGUUUCCCAUGGGGUAUCGCAGAGAUGGAUUCUUGGACCUAGGAUAUUAAAUAUUUUUAUCAAUGUCUUAGAAGAAACAUAAAAUCAUCAUUGCAGAUGACACAAAAAUUGGGGGAGUGGUAAAUACUGAAGAGGACAGGUCACUCAUUCAGAGUGAUCUGGAUCACUUGGUAAGCUGAGUGCAAGCAAAUAAUGUGUUUUAAUAUGGCUAAAUGUAAAUGUAUACAUUUAGGAACAAAGACUGCAGGCCAUAUGUACAGGAUGGGGGACUCUAUUCUGGGAAGCAAUGACUGAAAAAGAUUUGGGGGUUGUGGUGGAUAAUCAGCUGAACAUGAACUCCCAGUGCAAUGCGGUGCCCAAAAGGGGGACAACAAUCCUUGGAUGCAUAAAGAGACCAGACCUAGUUCUCUGAGGAAAUGGAUACUUCUUCCAAACAAUGUCCAGUCAAAAAACGAGUGAAAAUCCAUCCCAACACAGUGACAGUGAAAUAUACAUCCCAUUAUCCCCAACCUGGAGAAGAGGACUCUGAUGAAACCAGUGAAGAUAUCGGUAGCUUUAUGGAGGACAAUCCAAAGAAAAGAUUGCUGAGUGACAGAAAAAGGAAAGGAAGAGCCUUCUUUGGGACUAUGGAUAUCCAACCUCAGCCAGCCCAAGAGACGAAAGCCAAUGAGACUGGACAACACCAGAAUUUUACAGAAGGAAGCAUAUUUCAGUCCAGAAAGACUUGGAUAGUGCUGUUUGCCUCUGCCUUGACUCAUGGCUGUGUUGCUCUGAUAACUAGACUUGUUUCUGAUCGUUCCAAAGUGCCAUCUCUAGAACUAAUUUUCAUUCGUUCAGUCAUACAGGUGUUGUCUGUUGUUGUUGUGUGUUACUACCACGAGGACCCCUUUGGACCAAAAGGAUACAGACUGCAGCUCUUCUUCUAUGGUGUCUGCAAUGUUAUCUCCAUUACCUGUGCUUACACCUCCUUCUCUAUAGUACCCCCAACCAAUGGGACCAUUAUGUGGAGAGCAACCACCACUGUCUUUAGUGCCAUUUUGGCUUUUUUACUAAUAGAUGAACGAAUGGCUUAUAUAGACAUAAUGACAGUAGUUAGUAGUGUCUUUGGUGUUUGCCUGGUCAUGUUCCCCAACAUUGUUAAUGAAGAAAACUCUUUGCUCAGUGUCUGGAAAGAAGCCUUUGGCUACACCAUGACAGUUAUGGCAGGCUUAACUACAGCUCUUUCCAUGAUAGUCUACAAGUCAAUCAAAGAUAGGGUCAGUAUGUGGACUGCACUGUUUACUUUUGGUUGGACUGGAACUGUGUGGGGAGCCUCCACCAUGUUUUUUCUUCAAGAACCAAUUAUCCCACUCGAUGGAGAAACCUGGAGCUAUCUCAUUGCCAUCUGCAUAUGUUCGACUGUGGCUUUCCUGGGUGUCUAUUAUGCCUUGAAUAAAUUUCACCCAGCUCUGGUCAGCACAGUGCAACAUUUAGAGAUUGUGAUAGCCAUGAUUCUGCAGCUCGCAGUGCUACGCAUCUUUCCCGGCAUUUAUGACCUCAUUGGAGGGGCCAUUAUUAUGAUCACUGUUGUUUUCCUUGCAUGUUAUAAGCUGUCCUGGAAGAAUUUAGGAAGGCAAGAUUAUCAGGAGAUACUGGAUUCUUCCAUUAAAUGAGUGUCAGUUUGUUUUAGUCUUUAUUGUAACAGUUUCUGCACCACCAUGUCAAUAUUAAUGUUCAUUUACCAAUGUCCUUUGUCUAGUAGAGUGGACAGAGUACUAACUUUCUUGUUCAGAAAUGGGCCAGAUUCAUACGUGACCUAAUGAUGUUGAAAUCAGUAGAGUUGCACCAGAGUUGUCCCAAUGUGUUAAAUAAUUUUAAAUAUUUCAUUAUGUGAACUUAGCUUUACUCUCAGCUGGUAUGCAGUAGCUGCUAAGAUUAGAUAUAGAGAAUUCUGUCAUAGGAGUCUUUCUGUCAUAGUCCUCCUUGUAUAACAUAAUAUUGAGACAGAAGGAUUCACUAUUGUUAGUCAUUCUGGGCAUUGCAGUUGUAGAAUAUUUUAUGGCAACAAGAAAGUCAUAUGUUGACAUUCACCAUUGAAGGAGGAAAUUCAUGUUCCACAGUAACAGUAUACAUCACUUGGUUGAAGCAUGUAAUAUUUUAUAAGUAAGAAUUUUAACAUGUAUAUGGUUAUAAUUCUUUAAAUAUCUGCUGGGAGAAGAGUACUAAAUAAAGUGAUGUUCUUUGUGUUCUAACAGUAAA